UCCCCAUAUUAUUUGUUUUCAUUUAAGUUAUCUUUUUUUUAUUUUUUUUAAAAAAAAUUAAUGUUUUAUUAUAAAUUUAUAAUGUUUAAUAUUUCAUAAAAAUACAUGAUGAUCGAAAUUUUGGGACUGCGGGAAAAGGCUAGAGUUUAUGUCCUAUCUAUCUUUAUUAUAUUAGUGAUCCUAUUCGUUUUUAUGAGCGUAAUAAAUUUCGCUCUAGUCACGAUGUUGAAAAGUUUCUACGUUUCGUCGCCUAAUUUCGACUAUUCUAUUAAUUGGAAAGAUAUUAAUACUACAAACAGGAAAUCAUUUUUUAAACCGAGCGAUAAAGUUAUAUACGAUGACGAAACGUGGGAAGAUUAUUUACCAACGACGUCGGACGAAAUCGAUCCCGACAGAAUUUUGCAGUGUUUCGAAUCCAUCAAACAGAGUAUCGAAGACAUCCGACUUAACAUGGAUGUUGUACGUGACAACAAGGGAAGGGACAAGCGUGAUGCUGUACAUAAGACCAAAUUUCACAAAACUUCCCGUAAACGUCAAUCAUCCUCACUUAUAAAUCCUCGAGACCUCUCCAUAGAUCUGAUACAAGAAUUUAGCGACUUCGGAAAGUCGCUAAUACUUGUUGACGAACUUCGUUUACCCCUUUUUAAUAAAUUGUUGCCUAAAUUAAACGAAAGCGAAAACGUGGCAGAUUAUCUGUACACGACUCAUACUUUUGCCUUACCACCAUCUUCUCGCGAAGUUCUAGCCAUAUUUCCGCUCAAUAAAGAGUUUACUCUGCGAGAUAACAUUAAUGCGAGUCAUUUACUUCUAGAACCAAUGUCCUGUAAACCGACUGUGGAAAACGAGGAAGACAGGGAAUAUGCUUUGAAGACACUAUUCAAAAGUGUAAUCGAUAAGUAUGGAAAGAGCCAUAUGUUUCGAAAAAAGGGCGUAAUAUUUUGGGAUAAAAUCAGCCGCCAUAAGAUUGAAAGAAGAAGAAAACAUUCUAAAGUCAAAUUUCAAAAUUCCAUCCUAUUAAACGCGAUUUUAAGAGAAAUGCUCGAAGGGGAAGUGGUACCCCGUAAAAUGAUUAUAUCAAACUUUUACGAAGUCGAGAGAGGAGUGAAAACGUUAAAUGAAGCCAAUAAAUUGAACCAUUUAUGGGCCCUCUAUUACAAUCCUUUAAAAUUGUUUCAAUCGUAUUUUGGGAUCACCGAUGCAAGAAAACAUAGGAGAAAAAGUAAUCUCGACAUCGAUCCCGUGUAUUAUUUGAGGGAAAGCCGGGAAAGAAAAAUGGCUCUAGAUUUUAUGAUUAUAACUCUUGAAUCUUCGUUUCAUAGGCUAAGUCUCUUGGAAGAAGACUCAACGAAUGAUGGAAAGAGAAUGGCUUCAGGAAAAGAUUACGAUAAUGAGUCGCGUUUCAAAAAUAUGAUGAGUUUAAAAGUAAACUCAGUCUCCGACGCCAUUUUGAUGGUUCAAAUGUGGUGCUUAUUAAAACCGAAAGGUUUAUUAUUCCUCAACGUUCCGAUCACGCGAUUCGCCAAAAUAAAUCGAGAGACUUUUUUGACGGAAUUGAUGGAAGGGAUUAAUGAUCCCAAUGAUAAUGAUGAAGGAUACAUGGCCGAAAAUUUGGGGCUACUGAUUUGGGGAUCCCACAGAGUGUACAGCUAUUAUCGAUUAAAGUAUCUAUUGUUUAAGUCGCCUCGUUGGCACCUCGAAGACAUUAUUUCAUUACCACCGACAUCAAACUUGCAAGAUGUUGUAUCAUUAAAAGGAAUGGAAGACAAGAUUUUAACCGUAGAUUUUGAUAUUAUUCUGGUUUUGCGAAAAGUUUUAGAUUGA